CUUCUAAUCUCGCAGCAACGUGAGUAAUAUCUAAAAUAUCGUCGCGCGAGUCAGCUCUCAAACAUGCAAAAAUGAAAGGGAUUUACUUGGCUGUAUUGUUAACGGUUUUCACGUACGUGUUUUUAGCGACAGGUAUCGAAGGGCCACAUUGCUUUCAUUUCACAUGGCCAGGGCCAUCAAUUUCAGAAAAUGAGAUAGACUGCGGUGACCCUGAUGAUGAUGAUGAUGAUGGUGAUAAACCAUUUAAACACACUCCGUGUAUAGAACCAUUGCUUUUUCAGACUACGAAGCCAAAUUUAACUGAUAUGUGGAAAAAUAAUGAAAUUAAAGAAGAGCGCAUGAAACAGAUGGAUGAUGGUAGCGUUUGUGUAAAGUUUACAUACAUGUACAAUGGCGCAGUUAUAAAUGUCAGUUAUUUUCGUGGGAAAGUCACAGAAGUAUUGCCGGUUACAUCAGGCUGUUACGUUCAAUACACUGAAGGAUAUAAUAUCGAAGUGUGUGCCUGUAAAUCUAAAAACAACUCUAUGCCCUGCAACUCAACAGUAAGAAAUACACAUUCACUGUUAAUUAUUUCUGUAGCUACAGUCGUUUCGCUGUUCAUGUAUAAAAUUUUCGUAAUUCCCUGACACUUUCGGCUUAUUCUAUUUCUUCGAUAUGAAUAAUUGUACAAAUUAUAUAUAUUUGAUAUUUAUUACAAUGUAUGUGUGCAACUAUUAAUCAAGCGUAUAUCUUUUUACAAUUUUGUAGAACGCGCAAUAUGUAUUUAAAUUAUAUAUAGAGACCAGUAAAUCAUGUAAUAUAU